GCCGACUCCAACUCAAACGCUAUCAUUUUUCCAUUUUUUCUCUCCAUUUCCAUGGCUGUCGACGCUAGGCAUCUCACUCUUUUCCCUCCUCAAUUCUUAGGAAACAGGGAAACGAUGAAUCCCAUUGACACAAACGGGAAUCUGUAUCCGCUGGGGAUGGGAUACGGUUUUCCAACGGCGGCUGAAGGAUUGCUUCCUUUAUAUAACUCUUUCGUUAACGAUCAAAAAGCUGCAGCGGCGGCGGCGGCGAUGAAAUCAGAGAGUAGCCUGUCGUACAACAAUGUUCUUCCGUUACCCAGAAAGCGUUCAAGGGAUUCCAUUUAUUCAAUCCUUUCGUUUCCUUCUCUUGUUCAGCAACCCCAUGGCGAUAUCAACAACAGUAAAACUUGCUCUCCGUUUUCGUUUCUGGGUCAUGAUGUUUCCAUUCAUAUGGAGCAGCAACAGUUGGAUGUUGAUCAUCUUGUCUCCCGACAUAUGGAGAGAAUGAAAGUGGAAAUGGAGGAGAAAAGGAAGAGGCAAGCGAAGAAGAUAAUGGAUGCAAUCGAAGGCGGGGUAAUGAAGAAGCUAAGAGCCAAAGAGGAAGAAAUCGAGAAGAUCGGGAAAUUAAAUUGGGCACUCGAAGAACGGGUGAAGUCGCUGUGCAUAGAGAAUCAAAUAUGGCGAGACAUGGCUCAAACCAACGAAGCGACGGCCAACGCACUACGGACAAACCUAGAACAAGUCCUCUCCGCCGCGUGUACUCGUGGCGUAGAGGAGACUGCUGCCGCGGCGGAAGCGGCUGGAGACGAGGUUGAUGACGCGCAGUCUUGUUGCGGAAGCAGUUAUUGGGAAGUUGAGAAGAAGUGCAUGCCGGCAACGACCACCGAGGAAGGUGGCAUCGCCGGCGGGCGGUGGUGUAGGAAUUGCGGGAAGGUGGAAUCGUGUGUGCUGUUGUUACCAUGCAGGCAUUUGUGCUUGUGUACUACCUGCGGGUCGUCGGUUCAUAUUUGUCCCGUUUGUAAAUCCUCUAAAGAUGCUAGUGUCCAUGUCAACAUGUCAUAAGCCCCCCUCCCAAAAAAAUCAAUAUACCCACAAAAAA